AUGUCUAACGCGCCGACUCUGAUCAACCUGCCGCCUCCUCCGUCUGAUCCGGUCACGCCCUCAGAUGUCCCUGGCACCCCCAACUCGGCGACGACGUCCAUGUCGGAGCUGAGCACCGUUGCCAUCAAGGACGGCCACCGUGGCCACCUGCCGCACCACCACGCGCAGCAGAACCCGAUGGACGCCGAGCGUGCCGACCGCAUAUCGCGCCUCGCGGGCCUGGAGCGCGUCACGGCGGGCGGGGGCCGCUCGUCGUCGAGCCUCAACCCGUCGUCGGCGGCGGCGUACGGGCACCACGCGACGGGCAGCAGCGGGAGCAUCCCGCCCAUGACGCAGGGCUACUUCGACGCCAACAACCAGCCGCAGAUACUGCGCGAGCGCAGCACCGUCGGCUCCGCGUCGGCGACGGGCUCCGUGGGCGGCCGCACCACGACGUGGGCGUCGGGCAGCGACGUGACGGGCUACGACCCCAGCCUGGCGGACCGCAUGAGCGAGGACCAGGAGAUGGAGACGGCCAGCAGCGUCGGCGGCAACGACGGCUUCAGCGACGUCGAGGGCGCCAGCAGCCUCGUCGGCUUUGGCGAGGGCGCGCGCACCCCCGCCCGCGCCGGCGGCAGCGUCGGCAGCCCCAUCGUCGGCAAGGCCACGACCCCGACCUCGGCCGUUCCCGGAUACAUGCGCGGCGACGCGCCCCCCAGCCCCAUGACGGGCGUGAGCAGCAGCGCUGUGGGUGGCGGCGGCGGCGGCGGCGGCAGUGGCGCGAGCACGCCCAGCACCGAGGCGCAGGUCCGCGACGCGCAGCGCAUCGAUGGCAUCACGUAUGACGCCGGCGUCACCGACACCACCGCGCGCACCCCGCCCGAGGUCGCCAGCCAGCAGCAGGGCGCCGCGAACGCCGCGCAGUGGAUCAACAGGCAGGCGGAGCACGAGCAGGGAAGGCAGUAA